GUCAGUCUCAGUUGCUCCGCGACUCGAGUCGGGCCUCCGUUUUUCCGUGAUGCCGCGCCGUGCCCGCGAACUGACCACCGGGCCUCCGUCCUUUCCCUAAAGCUGUAAAUAUUCGCAAAAUUACUCUGAUCAAUCUCAUGGUUUACUUGUGUUUCCCUUUUUUUAAGGAUAAUAUCUAGACAGAGUUGGAUUAAUUCUUAAGCUCAAAUUGUUAUUGUUUAGAUUUGUCUAUUUCCUUAGUGGCAUUUGAUAAAUAAAUCACGCUAAACCAUAUAAAAUACAGAUUUUAAUAAUUAUGCAAUUAUAAAAUAACAAUUUAAAGCACAAUACGAAAUUGAUUUCAACUGAUUUUUAAUACCUGCAAACAAAGGCUCUUUUUUGGCCAGUCGUAUUGAUUUUACGUUUGCUCCAAGUAAGCAUAGUUUCCGAUCCAUUAUGUUGAACAAAUAUUUAGAGAUGCUCCUAUUUAUUUAAAAAUAAAUAGAUAUCGCAAUAAGCCAGGAAGAAGCUUUCUCUUCCUCAAAUAUUCGCCUUCAAAUCAGUAAAUCUUUCCCAUUUAGAAAUGUAUAAACACAUAGUCCAUCCAAACAAACGCGUAAACCGUUGACAGCUCGAGUAACAAAACGAAAACCCCCCUCUAUUUAUAAAAUCUUGACUGCAAAUACAGCCCCUCGACCCCCGAAAAGCCAGCCAGCCAGCCAGCAUGAACUCUGGCGAGCACGACGACGAGCUUUCCCGCUCGUUGGAAGAGUACUCGGCGCGCCGGCCCCUUUCGCGGUCCGACUCGGUGGUCAGUUGGCCCAACAAGGACUCGGGGGUGGCCAGCGAGGUGCCCAGCGAGCCGAGCAGUCAGCACCACCACCACGUGGUGGGGCAGACGGUGGUGCCGUGCUUCGUGCCGGCACCGUUUGUCCUCGAGCCCAAGGAGGCCACCAUCUCGCAACACUACUACCCUGAGGGAGGCUGGGGGUGGCUCGUCGUGAUUGUGGGCGUGAUGGUGCAGAUGCUGUCACACGGUCUCCACCUCGCCUGCGGGGUCAUCGCCCUCGAGAUCAGCAGACGCUUCAAACCACCCCCAGAUGUGAUUGACACAGGCUGGGUAGGCGCGAUGUCGACGGCAGUGGCGCUCUUUGUCUCGCCUGUGACAAUUUCAUUCUGCAGGCGCAAAAGCACAAGGGUCACCGCUGUACUCGGGGGACUGGUCACGGCCCUCGGCUGUCUUUUCACUUCGUUCGCCACUCAGUUCCACCAGCUGUUUUUUAGUUAUGGAGCCGUAAUUGGUGUUGGCGUGGGCAUGACGCGGGACACGAGCACACUAAUGGUCGCGCAGUACUUCAAACGCAAACGAGAGCUUGUCGAGAUCUUUAUUGUGGCGGGAAGUGGUCUCGGCCUGGCUAUCAUGUCCGCUUUCAUCAAGGGAGCCAUCGGGUCAAUUGGGUGGCGGCUCGGUCUGCAGGCCGUCACAGUCACCGUGUUCCUCACCUUCUUUCUAGGGACCUUCUACAGGUCCGCUUCUCUCUAUCACCCCCAAAGACGUGCGAUUCUGCAUCUAAAGAAUCAGAAACGCAAGAUCAAAGACAAGAACAAGGCUGACGAUAGGCCACCAUUCUUUGAUCUCACUACCCUCAGGAGCAAGACGGUGCGCAUCCUGCUCGCCUCGACGGCCAUCAGCGCCAUGGGGAUGUCCACCCCGAUUUUCUACAUGGCGCACCAAGCUGAAAAAGAGGGUCUUGGGGACGCCACUGUUUCUCUCCAGGCGUAUUUGGGGCUCGCCUGGGCACUUGGUUGUGGAGCUUUCGGCAUGUUGGUUGUCAGGAACAGUGCAGAGUGCAGGAUUGCUAGGCAGUACCUCUGCCAGGCCUGCACGUUUGUGUGCGGCAUUGCUAUUCUGGCGCUCACCGCCGUCCAGGGAUAUAGGGGAUACUUACUCUUUGUCUGGGUAUACGGGAUUUUCUGCGGUGGUUACCACUACUCCUUGAAAAUGUACACUUAUGAGCGGGUGCGAGCGCGGAAUUUUGCGCGCACCUGGGGCUUCGUGCAGUGUUCGCAGGCACUGCCUAUUGCGUUCGGCGUCCCAAUUACAGGCUACAUUAACGAGGGCUAUGGCGGAAAGGCAGGCUACUACUUUAGCUCGACGUGCGUGCUGAUUGGCAGCGCAGCGCUUUCGUUGAUCGACGUGCACCGGCGUCGUGUGGCCAAGCACAAACAUACGGCCGCCAACGGCAAACAGCACACCUGCAUCAUUGAAAACUGCCCUGACAGAAGAUCUGGCAGGAGGUUGUCAUUCACUGAUGAGGAUGUCAACGGCCACAAUGGUGCAGUGCUACAGUCUGCCACAGGCGGACCAGCAACUGCGGCAGCAGCUGCUGCAGCAGCGGCCGCUCUUUUGGGCCAAAGAUCACUAACCCUAGCCAACAUGGGAUCAACAGACUUGAAAAAGCCAGAGUUGACCUGCAUCAGCGAGGAGGGAAUCGCGGACAUGGACUUGCCUGACAACUUGCUUGAUGAUCUGGAUUAUAUAGGAGACUGUAUCACUUCAUGCAACAAAGUUGAAAACUAUUUAAUGUUGAGUGAGUUUGAGAACAAUCUGAUCGCCGAGGUGCCAGUGAUCACGGACAGAAAGGGCCGGCGGUGGUCGUUGGCGCGGCCCCACCGGUCCAACAACUCGCCGUUCAACGAAGCGCGGCCAUCGAUGGGUUUGACCUUAGACGAAGGCGAGGGCUGCAGUACUGACCCCAACUCGCCGCUGGCUGGGGCCUGUGUGGGACCGUCCAACGAGCGGCGCAAGUCGCGUGAAAUGCCUCCGUUCCGCAGCGCCAACUGGCGCCUCUUGUCAGCCGCCCCCAAGAGGACGAUCACAGUCAUAGACGAGGCCUCCGUUUGAAUUGCUGGCGUGAGAACACGCGCACAGCCACACGAACUCUCCUCCCUUGUGAUGAAGCAGUGAAAGUUGAUUAGUUGUUAGGCCAGAAGAAUACGCGCACCGUGUACUUUUCUCUUGUUUCAGUGUACCUAAACGCAUACAAGUCACUUUGUCUCUCUCAUAUACACAUAAUUGUAACUCCUUAAUAAGUUAUUUGUCAUGCUUAAGGCAUAACUACCAAAAAUGACGUGAAAUGGCAGAACGUACAAUACGACGAGUGCCACUUUAGAUGAGGUGCUUGAUUCAUUAUUUUGUACAAAAGCAAUGUCUGUUGUUUCCUACAAAAAGAUAAAACUUAGUGUAUUAUCAGUUUAUAUUGGAAAAAUUUUGUAGUAGCUUAAGAUGAAAUGAUUUUUCACGAAUUCGGACAUUUUUAGUGAGAAAGUUGGAACCCACAUAAAAAGAUAUUUUACUAUAAACAUCUGAACGCAUGAAUCACUUUAUGGUUGUGUACAUUAAAAGAAUAUUCAUUUUUAGUAUUCUCCAUUUUCUUGAAGUGAAAUUCGAUUCAGUUAUAGGUUCUUCCUGUUUCCCUCCUUAAGCGUUUGAUAUAUAGUGUAUUAAAAGCCAACUAUGCAGUCAACUAGAUUUUUAAUAUUUGGCAAUUUGCAAAUAAAAUGCAUCAAAUUUCUCCCUUAAACGCGUCCCAGACUUCAGGAAAAUUUUGUAGAGGGUGUCAUACUAUUUGAGGUAUAAGCCCAGACUCUUAAAAUUUUUAAAAUAAUAACUUAUUUCAAAUCAGAUAACCUGAGUUGCACAUUCAAAUGAGUCUGACUUCUGAAAAUUUAUUUAUUUUAAAUGAAUUAAAUCCAGAAUGUGAACCAGUUACACCAGUCAGAAAUCAUCACGUUUAAUCAAUGAUUUAAAAAGCAGUAUUUUGUUCCGUCCUUUUGUUAACACGCAUUUCUUGUAAAUAAUACAAUUGUGUGUCAGUUGCUAUGGAGCGCUUGAAAAUAUAAUAACUACACAAAAUAAUGAACUAGAAAACCGACUCUUACGUGUAUGUAAUAAUAAAUAAUAAUAUAUGUAAAGACUGGUCCAAGAAAAUAGUAUUAUGGCGGAGUUCAAUAAAAUACAAACAUUUUGUUGUAAAACAGUUAA